AUGGGGGGUUCCACCCCCUUUCGCGCGACAGAUGGAACUGUCGUUCCAAACAUUGCCCCAGGCUCUAGUCUGAGGUGUGCUGGCUGCAGAAGCCCUAUUGUGGGCCGCAUCGUCAGUGCGAUGAACCUAAGAUGGCAUCCAGCUUGUUUCAAGUGCGUAGAAUGUGGGGAACUUUUAGAGCAUGUGAGCGCAUUCGAGCAUGGUGGUCAUCCUUACUGCCAUCUUGAUUUCCACGAAAGAUUUUCUCCUAAAUGUUACCACUGCAAGACUCCUAUUGCAGACGAACGGUUCAUCACUCUUGACGAUCCUGCUCUAGGAGGACAACGUUAUUAUCACGAGUUGCACUUCUUCUGCGCCGAAUGUGGCGAUCCAUUCCUUGAUCCUUCACGUUCGUCAACUGCUCCUAAAGGCACUAGGGUUGAGGAGGACGAUGUUGGCUUUACUGUGUACAAAGGCCACCCCUAUUGCGAACCUUGCCAUGUGCGGCUAAGGAUCCCGCGUUGCGGAAGCUUCCUUAAACCCGGUUUGCGUCUCAUUCCCGGCAUUGGUUGUGGAAAGCCCAUCCGUGAUGGUGCCAUUGAGGCCAUUGGCAGACGGUGGCAUCCAGGUUGUUUCACAUGUUCAACAUGUCAGAAACCUUUUGAGGACCCAUCAUUCUUCCAACGAGGCGAACAUGCAUACUGUGAUCCGUGCUACCGGAUAUUGGUAAAGAGCGAGCUUUAA